ACUUGUCAUUGAUUAGUCAACCAAGUUAUAAAGUAUACGGUAUAUGAUGAGAGACUGUAGGAAGAAUCAAAGAUCUGCUGAUUAUCAACCUUUGGCAGUGCCAACUGGUGUAAGAAGUAGACGACUAGUGACUGUAGAGCCAGCUCUCGGAUUUUAUAUGCUAGCCCAGGGUUUUAUUAUUGCCCUACAAGCAGAAUAUGUUCAGGGAUGGGUUUCUAGAAUUCAUAAUUACACACUGCCAAAUAACGGUGAAAAUGGAACGUGCUCUAUAAAUAAAUCAAGUUCAGAGAGUGUGUUAGAAGAUAAGAUCCAGGCGGAGUCCUCUCGAUGGUUAAUGUACCUCACAAUAGCCAAUGCCUUGCCAUCACUUUUCACGACGCUAAUCUUUGCAUCUUGUAGUGAUUCUGUCGGCAGAAGAUUCGCUCUUCUGUUGCCAUCGUUUGGACAACUUCUGAAUAUGUGCGUCUGGAUCCUCACUGCACGAUACGCUCUACCUCUGGAGUACUUGAUUGGAUCGAUGUUUCUUCGGGGACUUAUGGGCAGUUCAACACUCUUCAUCACUUCCUGUUUUAUAUACAUCUCUGACAUAACGACAAAGAAUAACAGAACAACACGAAUCAUAAUUGGGGAAUGCGUGCUAUUGUCAACCACUGGUAUCUCCCAGUUGUGCGCCGGAUAUGUUCUCCAUAAAUAUGAUUUUGUGGUCGCCUUUGCUGUAGCAGCCGGACUAUCUGGAAUGGCAUUUAUUUAUUUAGCUUUACCGUUUAUUUUACUCGAAACAGUGGUUAAUAAAGGCAAUGUUAUAUCGGCUCUGAAAACAUCAUUGAGAGGAAUUUUGAUUUUAACAUUUAAGAAGAAUGUAGCGUAUAGGAAGACAUUUUAUAUACUUAAUUUCAUUAUGUUUACUGUGUUUAUGUUUUCAAACUCAACUGUAUCGCUGCUAUCUAUCUACUUUCUCGGAGAGCCAUUUUGUUUUUCGUACCUGGUAUCUGGUUAUUACACAACAGUACUGUUAUUUACUCCUGCUAUAGGUAGGCAUCCAUUUAUAUUCUCUUGACUUACUUUUUCUCCAUGGUCUGUAACUAUAGGUUUUUC